AUGAGUACAGCAAGAUUCAUCAAGUGUGUCACUGUGGGAGAUGGAGCCGUGGGAAAGACCUGCAUGCUCAUCUCUUACACCAGCAACACAUUCCCCACGGACUAUGUGCCUACAGUUUUUGACAACUUCAGUGCAAAUGUGGUGGUUGAUGGAAGCACAGUUAACCUGGGAUUAUGGGACACUGCUGGACAGGAGGAUUACAAUAGGCUUAGGCCUUUGAGCUAUAGAGGAGCAGAUGUGUUUUUGCUGGCAUUUUCCCUCCUUAGCAGAGCCAGCUAUGAGAAUAUCUCUAAGAAGUGGAUUCCUGAGCUAAGACAUUAUGCCCCAACUGUGCCAAUUGUACUUGUGGGAACCAAACUUGACUUGAGGGAAGACAGGCAGUAUUUGAUUGAUCAUCCUGGAGCCACACCUAUAACUACUGCCCAGGCAAAUAACUUACAAGAGCUGAAGAAGGCGAUUGGUGCUGCUGUGUACAUUGAAUGCAGCUCAAAAACUCAGCAGAAUGUGAAAGGUGUGUUUGAUGCUGCAAUCAAGGUUGUUUUGCAGCCACCAAAGCCAAAGAAAAAACGAAAGAAGAACAGAUCAUGCGUUUUCCUUUAA